GUGGAGCUGGUGUCGGCCUGCCCAAGUGUGCGCUUUGUUGACCUCACAGGGGGAGCACCUGAGCUUAACCCUGAGUUCAGGUACCUGGUGACAGAGGCGCGCAGAAUGGGCAAGGAGGUGAUUGACCGCUGCAAUCUCACUGUGCUGUUUGAACCAGGACAAGAGGACUUGGCAGAAUUCCUGGCAGCCAAUCAGGUGCAUGUGGUGGCAUCGCUCCCGUGCUACUCAGCGGAUAAUGUCAACAAGCAGAGGGGAGGGGGAGUGUUUGAUCUCAGCAUCAAGGCGCUUCAGCUGCUAAACAGCCUGGGGUAUGGCAAGGAAGGCUCGGGGCUGGUGCUGGAUCUGGUUUACAACCCGGUUGGCCCAUUCCUCCCGCCUGCUCAAGGCAAACUGGAGGAAGCGUACAAGAGCGAGCUCAUGUCAUGCUACGGCAUAUCAUUCAACAGCCUCUUCACCAUCACCAACAUGCCUGUUAAGAGAUUCGCAUCGUUUCUACAUAGGCAGGGCCAACUCGAGGACUACAUGCAGCUGCUGAUCUCUGCGUUCAACCCAGCAGCAGUGGCCAAUGUGAUGUGCCGAAACCUGAUCAGCAUUGACUGGCAAGGUGCUCUCUUCGACUGUGACUUCAACCAACAGCUCAACCUCAACCUUCCUCCCAAACCAUCCACUGCACCCAACAUUUCCCUCACCUCUCCUCCUCCCCCGCCUCGCACUGUCUUUGACAUUCAAUCAUUGGAGGACCUUGUAGAUCGACCCAUAGCCACAGCAGCGCACUGCUACGGGUGCACAGCUGGCAACGGUUCCAGCUUACCGACGACGCCUUUACCAGAGCCGAUGGCGGCCGAAAAAACUCCUCCCGCGCUUCUCCGAAACCUCCUCGCGCCUCUCAUUCUCUCCUGCCUUCUUCUCCCGCUCGCUCCGGUGCGCGCGUUCGAUUUGGACUGCGCAAACGAGGCAAACCAGGCCGUUUCGGUCCUGAGCUUCUGUAACGGCGACGGGUGGCGUCGCACGUGUCUCUACGGCGGCGGAUAUUCCCCGGACGGCUCGACUAAGUGCGCGCUCGUGCAGGCCGGCGCGCUUUACUGCCAGGAUUGCGAGUGGACGAUUCACAUGCUCUCGCGUUGCUGCGAUAUAGACCUCUCCGGUUACGAGUAUAGCAGCGGCCAACAGGCCGACACGUAUUAUAUCGAGGAGGGAAUCAAACAGCUGCAAUGCCCGGGCAAUUUCGACUGUGGUGAAUCUGGUUACCCGCAGUGUAACGGGGGUGGCUUCGACGGCACUACCCCGUACUGGUCUAAUGAAUAUGCCUAUGCGGAAAGCUACGGUUACUGCGCCGAGUUCGAUAGUAGUAGCGGACCGACGCUGCGCGCGAUGGAGCCUCGCGCGCACAGCAGCGGCGGGGUGAAGCUGCGCGAAUUAGAGCGCCCGCAGCUGAUUGAAUCCUCCCGCAACGGCGCACUGGCGGGCGGAAAGACCAAGAUGCGCCGCCGCAUGUGGGGGAACGGGCGCCCCUGGUCCCCCCACAAGAUGUAUAGCCGCCGCCUGUGGGGAAGCGGACGCCCCAUGUACCGCCGCUUGUAUGGCAGCGGGCGUCCGUGGUCCCCCCCAAGAUGUACAGCCGCCGCCUUUAUGGAGGCGGAAGGCAGUGGUACCCGUAAUAAACAGAUUUGA